AUGAAUCCAGAGGUGUCAAAGACAGAAGGGAGAAUUGGGCAAACUACCAAUGUGGUUAUUGGAGGAACAGUUACAGAUGAUUCUACUACUGAAUGGCUUGAUCUAGAUAAAAAGGUCAAUUCAUACCCAACAGUUAGAGGGUUUACAGCAAUUGGGACAGGAGGUGAUGAUUUUGUGCAAUCUAUGAUUGUUGCUGUCGAAUCUGUAAUUCAACGGAGAAUCCCUGAGGGUAGUGUGAGGCAGAAGUUAUCAAAGAGGGGCAAAUAUGUGUCAGUCAAUAUUGGUCCGGUGCAAGUUGUUUCCAGUGAGCAGGUUCAAGCUGUAUACAAUGCAAUGAGAAGAGAUGAGCGGAUGAAGUACUUUCUAUGACGUGAUUCCAUUCUUGGUUUGACUAGAAUGAAGAGAAUAGAGAGCUAUGCCGUUGCUCUCUUCUCCUUACUCUGUUUCGGUAAAUUCUUCUGCCACCUAAUUUUGUUUAGGUGCUUUAAAUCUUGUAACAUCAUUCCUGGCCAAGGAAUCAUAUAGUGAAUUAUUAUGUUGUUAUUUUGUAAUGCUGCGUAUGGUUUUUAAUUUGUUAAACACAAUCAAGGCAGUAAAUAUAUAUUAAUGAUAUCCUCUUGUUCAACAAUGGUGGGAUGUUUUCGGACAUUCUCCGCUCUUUUGAGACUGACA